AGCCAAGAAGGUCCUGCAAGUCCCGCGCUAGUGAGCUCAGAGGUCAGGACCGCUAGGACCUCCCACAUGCGGCCUGAUGGCAGCGCAACCCCUGUUCCGGAUGAUCCGCCGGCUCCUGAGGUCCAGCGUCAGAGGCUGUAGCUCUGGGGCGCCAGUGACGCAGCCCAGCCCCAGGGAGCCCUCGCGACCCGCCACAGAGGGCUCCGUUUUGGGAGAGCCACAGUGGAAGGCAGCUCUACUCGUGUGUCAAGCGCAAGAGAAUAGUGAACUGGAAGUGGGAGCUGUGUGUUGAGCAGCUUUCAGGUUGCACAGUGACCCGGCAUCUCGACUGCAGUGGCCUAGAUGUCUUCCCUAGAGCGCACAGACCAGCCCAGGAGCUGUCCAGGCAGCGGUGGCAGUUCCUGCGCGAGCACACAGCCCCCUUCUCCGCCUUCCUCACGGAUAGCUUCGGCCGGCAGCACAGCUACCUCCGGAUCUCACUCACUGAGAAGUGCAACCUCAGAUGUGAGUGGCUUGUCCUGGGCUGCCCCGGGCUACCGGCUUUCUGUUGACUCAGGCCAGUACUGCAUGCCUGAGGAGGGCGUCCCCUUGACCCCCAAGGCUGACCUGCUGACCACAGAGGAGAUCCUGACUCUGGCCCGGCUCUUUGUCAAAGAAGGUGUUGACAAGAUCCGGCUCACCGGGGGAGAGCCGCUCAUCCGGCGGGAUGUGGUGGACAUCGUGGCCCAGCUCCACCAACUGGAAGGGCUGAAGACCAUCGGAGUCACCACCAAUGGCAUCAACCUGGCCCGGCUGCUGCCCUCGCUGCAGAAGGCGGGGCUCGGGGCCAUCAACAUCAGCCUGGACACCCUGGUGCCUGCCAAAUACGAGUUCAUCGUCCGCAGGAAAGGCUUCCACAAGGUCAUGGAGGGCAUCCACAAGGCCAUCGAGUUGGGCUACGACCCCGUCAAGGUGAACUGCGUGGUAAUGCGAGGCCUGAACGAGGACGAGCUCCUGGACUUUGUGGCCCUGACCAAGGACCUCCCCCUAGACGUGCGCUUCAUAGAGUACAUGCCCUUCGAUGGCAAUAAAUGGAACUUCAAGAAGAUGGUCAGCUACAAGGAGAUGCUGGACACCAUCCGGCAGCAGUGGCCAGCGCUGGAGAAGCUGCCCGAGGAGGACUUGAGCACUGCCAAGGCCUUUAGAAUCCCCGGCUUCCAAGGCCAGAUCAGCUUCAUCACAUCCAUGUCAGAGCAUUUCUGUGGGACGUGCAACCGGCUGCGAAUCACUGCUGAUGGGAACCUCAAGGUCUGCCUCUUCGGGAACUCGGAGGUCUCACUGCGGGACCACCUGCGGGCCGGCGCCUCGGAGGAGGAGCUGCUGACCAUCAUCGGGGCCGCCGUGGGCAGGAAGAAGCGGCAGCAUGCAGGCAUGUUCAAUAUUGCCCAGAUGAAGAACCGGCCCAUGAUCCUCAUCGGGUUAUUUUUGACGUGCCAAGAUUCCCCACCAGCCAGUCCAGUCACUUCUUCCUGGAGACCUGUCCCUGCUCAGGACCAGAGGCCCAGGCUGCUUCUCUCUCGCCUGAUGGCAACUUGGUGGAAAACCAAGACGCCACAGGUGCCACCUCUGGCCUGGCAAUGGCUGGGGGCUGGAUCCCCUCUGAGACUUUACAGCUCCCAGGCAGACUCGGACACCACCUCAAUGUGCCUUAGCCCAGGGACCCGGGCUCAUGCCACCACCUCAGGACCCUGGGCAGCCUCAGAUCAGCUCACGCACGUGGACUCAGAAGGACGGGCAGCUAUGGUCGAUGUGGGUAGGAAACCAGACACGGAUCGGGAAGCCGUGGCCUCUGGUGUGGUCCUUCUGGGACCUGUGGCCUUCGAGCUUGUCCAGCAGAACCAGCUAAAGAAGGGAGAUGCCCUGGGGGUGGCCCAGCUAGCUGGAGUCCAGGCAGCCAAGCUGACCAGCCAGCUGAUUCCUCUGUGCCACCAUGUGGCACUGAGCCACAUCCAGGUGCAGCUGAGGCUGGACCCCGAGCGCCACGCCGUGGUGAUCCAGGCAUCCUGCCGGGCUCGGGGCCCCACUGGGGUGGAGAUGGAGGCGCUGACCUCCGCUGCUGUGACAGCCCUCACCUUGUAUGACAUGUGCAAGGCGGUCAGCAGGGACAUCGAGAUAGGCGAGAUCAAGCUCAUCAGCAAGACCGGAGGCCAGCGGGGGGACUUCCGCCGGGCUUAGCCUCCCACAGCUCCUGUGCACAUAAUCUGGGUCAAGAGAAGGAUGUCCAGUCCCUGAGACCUGUUACUGAAGCAGAAGCCAGAGUCAGGCUCCCUUGUGGCUGGAUGGUGUAUAAUAACAUGCCAGGUCCGCUUUGUACACAGGGGACUGCAGCAGGCCUGGGAGCCUUCUAGGACUCUUUGUUAAUGGAGAGUUUGCCAAGUGCACCACUGGAUACCCAGCACAUCCUGUCCUGGCACUUAGGUGCCCAGCCCGUGACUGACCGAGUUUUCACGUCCCCUUUCUAUGGGGAGAGGAUAAGGGCUCAUUCCACUGCGGAACCAACUUUGAGAAAGGAAACGCACACGCUUGCACCAAGAAUGUUUCACAACUUCUCAGCAAUAGCUUUGCCUCCGCAAAUCUGAAGUCACAGCCCCUCGGUCUCUACCGUCCCUCCUUCAGAAGCCACCUGUCCCAUCCUUUUGCCCAAGCCUGGGCCCCAGCCAGCCUGCAGGCAUCGGGCUCCUCUUAGCAGGGCCCAGGUGUGGGCUCAGCCCUGAGGGAUCCUGGCUGACCACUUGCCUCGCCCCCACCCUCUUUACCCUGGAACAGCAGGGAGAGGAGAGAGCUGGAGGUCACCUUCGCGCUGUCAGCACCCAAAUAAAGCCACGCUGCCAACUUCA